GGCUGCGCUGAGGUUUAAACCUGCUUCCCUCUGUGGUGAGCUCCCGCUCCCUGCGGCCUCCGAGGCCCGUCACGUGCCCGGGAAGGUGCAAGGUCCGGCCGGGCAGGAUCGCGGGGCCGAGGGAAGGCAGCCGGCCGCCAAAUGGAGCGCCUGCUCUUCCCGCUGGGCAUCCUGCAGCUCCUCGCUGCCUCCGCUGCCGUGUACAAGCAGUGGAUCCCCAACACCAAUUUCGAAACCGCCUCCAACUGGGAUAAAGGCAGAGUCCCCUGUGCCAGGGAUGUGGUUCACUUUGAGAAGGACAAGGUUGUCUCAGUGUUCGUCAGGUCUGCCCACGCGCUGACAGACAUGUACCUGCCCCUGAACGGAGAAUUCCUGCUGGCAGCUGGUGCAGCCUUCACAGCUUUUGAUGGCAGCUGGGAUCCAGGCUGUGACUCAGGUGGAACAGCGAGGUUUGCUGACGCCGAGCACCGCGCGUGGUUCGACCCCACGCUGUGGCAGGACGUUCUCCCCAGCGGGGAGCCCAGGCCGAGCGGGCCCCUGUUCUCCGUGGACGAGGAGCGCGUCCCGUGCCGCUACGAUGAUGUUAUCUUCCAGCCCGAAACCUCCUUCCGGGUAAACACCGACUCAUCGCAGCCCGUGAUUCACCUCCGCAGCAUCUCUGUCAUGGGCCAGGAGCUGAACACCCCAUCAUCCUGGGCUGGGUACCUGGGGGGCCCCUCUGCCCCGCUGCAGUUUCAUGGCAAUGGCACUCUCCAGGUGACCGGCACUGGCUGUCCUGAUAAGUCUGGCUGUGCCUGUGGGAACACCCCGGAUGGCCCCCGCAUCUGCGCAGCACUGCUCAGGGCAUCAGGGAGGCAGUGCCCAGAGCCAGCGUGCCAGAGCCCUCUGCAGCCCCUUGGCCACUGCUGUGGGGUCUGUGGGGCCACCAUUAACCUGGAGUUUACUCCUGAUUUUGACCUUCAGAAGUACCAGGACAGAUUGGUCCAAGAGUUGCUGAGCCAGCCCAAAUACGCUGGCGUGCAGAUGGCCAUAUCCAAGGUACACAAAGCACAGACCCUCCUGGGCAUCGUGUCCCGAAGCGCCGCUCCUCUCAUCCAGAUCGUGCUGAUUGAUGACAGAGCAGGAGCGCAGGCAGGCACCGCUGCGGAGCAGCUGGCAGCAGACAUCAUGCAGAGCAUAGCACAGCACGGUGAAGCUCUUGGCAUUUCAAGUGGCAAAAUGGAAGUGGCCACUGGCAGCACUGCCAGUGGGCAAGUGGGGAGCCACCCAGUGAGCAGGAUCACAGCAGGGACAGUCAUGGGGCUACUCUUCAGUCUCCUGUUCCUUGGAGGGAUCUUCUUUCUCUACAGAAAGGGAAAGCUGAGGUAA